AAGAAAAGUGAAUUCAAAUUGAGUUGAACUGAACUCAGAGAGAGAGAGAGAGUAACUGGAGCCCGUGGUCUUCUUUGGUCUGCUGCGCCCGUUUGCAUGUAAUUAAAUAGCGCACUUAUCGGUCGGAUCUGACAGAGCAGCGUCUCAAAGCGGUUCCUGUCCUGUGCACCUCUUUCCCCUGUCCCCUUCCACGGCAGCUCUACCUUUCGGUAAUUGAAUUAGCUCGGUUUUAGGUGCCGUUCGGGGGGGUGGAGGAGGAGGGAGGAGGGGCCUGCCUUUGUUCGAGUGACGCCCAUUCAAAUAAUUUCAAACCAAUGGGACUAUCCCCCGCUCCGCCGUAACCAAACCCACUCCCUCAGUCGGCGUCUGGAGCUGCCUGCCUCUGCCCUCACCUUCCUGCGUGUCCCGGCGUCUCGAACCCCCAAACACAAGAGAGAGGAAGACUACGCAGCGCGCUCAUGGGAAUACGCGGUUAUUUGUUCGUUCCUGCACGUCGCACCAUGGCUCAUAUAUGAGGAGGAGACUUUGGGAUGCGGACAUAAUAAAUAAGCGUCUCCGUGGACAGAAGCGCAUGAGAAUACGCAACGCUGCUGUCCUCCCCGACACAGAGAAGGACUCCUCCCCGCAUCGGCCGUGACACCUCCGGCAAAUCGCUUAGAGGAGGAUAACAGUAUUUUUUAAUUUUUUUACUGGAAACGGAACAGCGAGUCUUGACGUUACCAUCCAUCUGCCAGUGGCUGACUGUAUGGCUUUAAAAAGUUGCCUGGAAAACAUGGACAUCUGACGUGCGCCUCACAGCGUCAUUGGACACACUGAGCCCCCCUCUCUCUCUCUUUUUUUCUCCAUCACAUCUCGGGCUCACUAAUCCCCCUGCGCUUUCGUUUUGGAGUAAGAAUAAGUGUUCAGCAGUUGUCAUUUGCCCUGACACAGGCUGCAUCCCGUAGCUCCCUGCAGAAGGGGAACACGAGGCUACCGCGCCACAGAAGACGCUGUUGCCUGCUGGGCUGCGCAUUCGUGGCUGCGUGCUGAUCUCAUUGUUUUUUUUUUUAUGUUGUUGUUUUUUUUUUUAUUUGUGCAUUAGAGGGAGAGAUAUUUUUUGUCAGCCCAUCUCGGAUUUGUCAGAAGCUGACACCCUGCAUGUAAUAAAGCCUGUGAUUCAUCCGGACUCUCGCCGCGCAUCAGAGAGAAUACACAGUGACGCGGUGCUUUUGUAACUUCACUUCAUUUCCUUCAAUCCGAACAAGUGUCAUCUCUCAAGCGUCCGCGUCGAAUGGGCACAACUCCGCCUUUCCUCCUCACGCGUUUUCUAUGUCGUGCGCGUUUCUGUUUGUCCCGUUUGCAUUCACAAACCUGCGCCAGCUAAGACGCGGCCACAUGUGAAUGAGAGCCAUCACCUGUCCCGGUUGAAGCGCCCCGUACAACUUGACUGACUGACCCGACGCCGAAGAGGAAUACGUGCCGAAGUUUUGCUGUAGUGAUGCUGCAAGUGGAAAUGGUCAUCUUCCUCUGCCUGGUGCUGUUGAUGUGUGUAUUUAGCCAGGAGCCCAGUUCCAAAGUGGUGGCCGACCGCUACGCCGUCUUCUGGAACAGGACCAACACCAAGUUCCACCGUGGAGACUACCACAUCGACGUGUGCAUUAACGACUACCUGGAUGUCUACUGUCCUCACUAUGAAGACACGGUGCCUGAGGAGCGGACGGAGCGCUACGUCCUCUACAUGGUCAACUACGACGGCUACAGCACGUGCGACCACACCGCCAAGGGCUUUAAGCGCUGGGAAUGCAACAGGCCGCACUCCCCGAACGGGCCGCUCAAGUUUUCAGAGAAGUUCCAGCUCUUCACUCCCUUCUCCUUGGGCUUUGAGUUCAGACCGGGCAGAGAAUACUACUACAUCUCGUCCACCAUUGCGGAGAAUGGGAGGAAAACAUGCCUGAAGCUCAAAGUUUUCGUCCGACCAUCAAACAACUGUGUGAAAACUAUAGGCGUACAUGACCGCGUUUUUGACGUAAACGACAAAGUAGACAAUACAUUAGAACCACGAGAUGAUACCAGCCAUGAACCGGCUGAGCCUUCCCGAAGUGAAACGAAUGCUGCGCUGCACCUGCAGAAAUCAAGUCCGCUUCUGGCUUCGUUGCUGCUCUGCCUAGCGGCACUCUUCACUUUAUAGCGCCUCCCUCUGUCCUGGAGGUCCUUUUACACCUAGCGUGGCCUGAAUCUGCCCGAGGCUGCAGGGUAGGGGGUGGGAUUUGGGGUGGAUUGCGUUUGCUUGUAUUGGGCAUAAGAGCAGGCUUCUCAAGGAACCCUCUAUUUUUUUCAGAAAAAUAUUUAAGUGGUCUUUCUCCGUCUGUGAGUAAAAAAAAAAAAAAAAAAAAAAAAAAAAAA